UGUACUAGUAAUUACAAAAACAAUCACAAGAAGUGUAUAUCCGAAAAAAUGGCUUCCGGUGGACAAUUUCCUCCACAAAAACAAGAGUCUCAGCCGGGGAAGGAGCAUCUCAUGGACCCUUCUCCUCAACAUGCUUCCCCACACUACAAACCAGCUAACAAGCUUCAAGGCAAAGUGGCGCUUGUGACUGGUGGUGAUUCGGGCAUAGGCCGAUCAGUGUGCUACCACUUUGCUCUGGAAGGUGCCACCGUGGCCUUCACUUUCGUCAAGGGACACGAGGACAAGGAUGCGAAUGAAACCCUCGAGUUGCUGAGGAAAGCUAAGAGCUCUGAUGCCAAGGAUCCGAUAGCGAUAGCUGCGGACCUUGGAUUUGAUGAUAACUGCAAGAAGGUUGUUGAUCAAGUGGUGAAUGCGUUCGGGAGGAUCGAUAUUCUUGUCAAUAAUGCUGCUGAGCAGUACAAAGCGAGCACGGUUGAGGAAAUUGAUGAGGAGAGGCUUGAAAGGGUUUUCAGAACUAAUAUCUUUGCUUACUUCUUCAUGGCAAGGCAUGCUUUGAAGCAUAUGAGGGAAGGGAGUGCGAUAAUCAACACGACAUCAAUAAACGCGUACAAGGGAAAUGCGAAGCUGCUUGAUUACACUGCGACGAAGGGUGCAAUUGUGGCAUUCACUAGAGGCCUAUCUUUGCAGCUGAUAAGCAAAGGGAUUCGGGUGAACGGAGUGGCUCCUGGUCCGGUGUGGACGCCUCUCAUUCCAUCUUCCUUCGACGAGGAAGAAGUGAAGCAAUUCGGAAGUGAGGUUCCUAUGAAGAGGGCUGGGCAGCCGUAUGAAAUUGCGACUGCUUAUGUUUUCUUGGCUUCCUGUGAUUCCAGUUAUUACAGUGGCCAAGUUCUUCAUCCAAAUGGUGGUGCGAUCGUGAAUGGUUAAAUUGUGUGCAAGGGAUUGCAGCUGUUGUUUCAUCACAAGGGUACACGAUGAAUAAAGAGUUGGAGUUGUGUUUUCAAGUGUUCUGUGUUGUGGAUUUUCUACUGGUCAAGUUGGAGAUGCUGUAGAUUAACGUUAAAAUAUGUUCGCGUGUGUGUGUGUUUUUAUUGUUUUUCAGUGUGUGGUUCCGCAUCGUGUACACUAUGAACAUUAUGUAUGGGUAUUCACUGUUCAGGCUCUU